AUGGCAGCAAACAGAGAAACUAAAGACCUCCUGAUGGAUGUAAAUCAACUUGAUUUCUUUGAUCCUCAGCAAGAUCAAGCCAAAACACCAUCCGAACCUACAGAAGAUGUUUCCAUAACAAGCGAGGAUAUGAUGCUCGAUGAAUUGGACCCUGUAUCUCAAGCCCCAGUGAUGAGAUUAACCAAGAAGUCGGAUCAACCAUUACUCAAUGGAAAAAGCGGUACAUUGAACUUCCAAUUGGGACCUCUGAGUUCUCAUAAUUUAGCAUUUGUAGAUGGACCAAACCAACAUACCAUAUACCCUGUCUCUCUUCCAAAUAUAGAUAACUCCCCUGAGUUUACCGAAUAUGCAUCUAGGCUGUUUGAAGUUUAUUAUCAAUUGGGUGAUCAUCGUCAAUUUAGCGUCCCCACAAUAGGUGUCAUUAAUAAGAGAUCUAUUGGCGAUCAUAAUCAAGUGGUUAAUCUGUCCAUGGAAAAUAUCGUUAACGAAUUACGUAUAUUUAUUGAAAAUGGUAGAGAAAAGGAUCAAAUCACUGAUAGAAUACUGGAUUUGGAAGAAUCUUUAACCAUCUUAAAUUGUCUUCAAUUAAUUCAUUUUACACUAGAUAAUUCCUUUAUUUCUGAGGAGGACGGUGAGGGAAGACUAAAAUUUAUAGAGGAAUUGUUGAAUUGGGUUAAUAGAUCUGAUGGAGAACCAAAUGAUUCAUAUAUUGAUCAAGUAUUUAAUAUAUCUUCAAAACAUGUUGUCGAGACACCUUUGUUUUGGAAGCUUUUAAAUCAAUUGCUUUUGAGAGGUUUAUUUGAACAAGCUAUUGCAUGUAUCGAAAGAUCAGAAAUCUUAACAUACUUAGAUACAAUUGCAGAAUGUUCUGUAUCUGCAUCUAUCAUAAGAGAUAUAAUAUCCUUAUUGGGAAUUUACCCAAGAGAUUCAUCAACUACAUUUAGAGAAUGGAAAUCUCUAGCAUUGGAGUUGGUUAAUAAUUUUGCAAACUCUGAUACAAACGUGUCAGGUGAAUUACGUGAUUACAUUGAGGAUGUUCUAUUAGUAAUAAGUGGUAAUCAAAAUAAAAUAUUACAUUAUUCAAAAACGUGGUAUGAAUCAUAUUGUGGCCUAAUGCUAUAUUAUAUCCCAUCUUUAGAACUAUCCCAAGAAUAUUUAACCAUGUCCUUGAAGAUUAAUCCAUUAGAUAUUACGAAUAAUUGGGAAAAGGCAUGUGCCGAUAUAAUUAAUGGUAAUAUUUCCUCCAUCCUACCCACACUAGAAUCAUUAGAUACAUGUACUGCUGCAUUUACUGCCGCUAUAUGUGAAGCCAAGGGACUUCUCGAGAAUCCAAAUGAUAUACUAAAUAAUAACGACUCUGAUUUUAGCUACGGUAAUGAAAGUUUAUUCUCUCCAAAUAAUGGUAUGGCUACUUACUUAAUUAAUAAUUUUGCCUUGGAGUUAUGUUCUCAUGAUGAUAGAGAUUUAUGGCCUAUUUCGAUUGGUCUGAUAGCCAUAUCACCAAUGAUUAAUGGUAAUAGUAAUAGUAUCAAAAAGGCAACUAUUAGUGAGUUAUUAUUACACUAUCCGUUCAAGACAAAUGAUGAUAUAGAAUGGAUGUUAAGUAUUUGUGCAGAAUGGAAAUUACCAGAGGUAGCAAAGACCCUAUAUACCAUUCUAGGUAACCAGAUGUUAUAUCAAGGUAAUACCAUCGAGGCUAUAACGAAUUUCAGCAAAGGUGGUAAAUUUGAAUUGGUGAAACAAUAUUCAUGGAUGAUGUUUGAAGCUUCAAUUCUACAGGACGGACCAUUAGAUGAUCAAAUAUUGAACAGUAUUGUCAGUGAUGAUCAUUCAAAUAUUCCUGAGGACGUUCUAGAUAGUUUAGUCACAAAUGCGAUGAGACAAACAUUGGCACCAUAUGCAGUGUUGUAUCAAUUUUUCCAAGCUAGGGAUAAUAAGGACUGGGUGGAAGCCAAUAGACUUUUAAUUGCCUUAUUAUCCUUCCCAUAUCUCCCCAAGUAUUAUUUGGUUUUGUUGGUUACUAAAUUUCUAUAUCCAAUUUUCUUAAUUGAAGGUGCCCCAAAGAUUGAAGAGCAAGAUGUGUUACUUAUUAUAGAAGCACUGGAAAAUAAGUGGGAUGUUGAAGAUGAAAGGUCACAAGAUUUAUACUCCGCUGUAUUAGAACAAUUGCCUGUGGAUGUUAGUAGGACCUUACCCGAGGGAAUGGAUAAAUUCAUUAAUGUGGUAAGGAAAAGACUGAGCUUCAAACUUUAUGAAGAAUUUGUAUAA